AUUUCCGGUUAUUUCAAAUAUGGACUCAUCAACAACGUUUCUCUUUGCUUGAUCUAAAGUUUAGAUCUAAAUCUAGGAUGCUAUGAUUCUGUGACAAAGUCAGCAAAUAGUGUCGGACACAUUUUUAAAUCUGUAUUUUUUUCAAGUCGAUAUUGUUUGUUAAAUUAAAAUGUCUGAUGUUGAGGCAACUGUUGAGGCAGAAGGAUCUCCUGUUCAAAAUGACAACAAGGAAGCAAUUCAGAAGGAGGAAAAAGAGCAGGAUAGCAGUCAAGUUGGAAAAAAUACAAACAUAAAUUCAGAUACCGGGCGUGAACCAAAAAAAGCUAAUAAAGGAAAAAAUAAAGUGACCAAACCGUCUAAAGAAGAAAUUGCACCAGUUCAAGAAGUUGUCGUGGAAACUAAUCCUGAUGCGCUCCCAGAAAAUGUGUUCCCAUUCUUCAUGACAUCAAAAACACAGGAGAUAUAUAACUGUAAAUGUGACGAGGAUGUUACGAUUGAAAACCCAUUCAAAUUUAUUCCAAAAGCUGACAUUCUGGAGGAUAUGAAAAUGCGAGCUGCUGUUUGUGAUUUUCAUGUUCACAAACAACAGAUUAUUGAUUACCCUGGUGAGGACAUUCUGAUCAUGUAUGAUUAUGAAUUUAAACAUGGCCAAAAUUUUGUCAUUGCUUUAACUGAAGAGGCCAAAGAAAUUUUACUAAAGCCACCGGAAGAAGAGAAAUUAGAAGGUGAUGCAGAGGCAAUGGAGCCAGAGGAUGACACUGUGUACCUGUAUGUACCUCCAGAGCCAAAAGAUUGGAUAUCGCUUGGUAGUGAAAAAGAGAUUGAAGAAGGGAAUGUUUAUGAAAAGAGGAGAAAGCUAAGAGUCUCAGUCAAACGGAUUAGGAGAGAAUUUGGAGCUCCAGUUGUUCUGGAAGAUAGGACUCACGCAAAAGAUGCCAAUGUUGACUGUGUAGCAACUGAGGAUGAUACUUAUAAUAUAACACGCCUUGAGUUGGACAAAAGUACACAGGCAGUUUCUGAGCAAGUCACUCAGGGAACACAAACUAACUGGAAAUACCCUAGAAAUGCAAAUACUCAAACUUAUCCUAGAGAGUAUAGUGAAGAAGAGCGAUUGGCUAUUUUUAGCUCAGAUGAAUGUCAUAACUUCAUAAAACAAGCAGCAUACAACUUCCAUGUAGCUCUUCAGCAGAAUGAAAUAAUGAAUGUGUUUUACAAUGACUGGUCAAAUCUUGGAGAAGAUGAAGAUGCUUUUGGAAGUAAGGCUGACAACCAUCUGAAGGAGUAUCAGUCCUUCACAGACCUUCAGUUCAGCAAGGACAAGGUUAUCACUUGCAUCCAGUGGCACCCUGUAAUCAAAGGGGUUGUGGCCACGGCUGUGGCACAUAAACUCUCCUUUGAUGAGAGAGUGGAUAAUGCUGCUAAAGUCAUUAUGGCGCCAUCUUUAAUACUUAUUUGGAGUUUUGCAGACCCAAUUCAUCCACAGCUUAUCCUAGAGGCCCCAGAGGAUAUCUACAGCUUUGCCUUUAACCCUACCAAUCCCAACUACAUUGUUGGUGGCAGUUACAACGGCCAGAUUGUCAUGUGGGACAUCACAUCACAGGCAGAAAGACUCAAGCAACAUCGUGGUAGCAACAGGAACAAAAAGAGAACUGUUCUGCCUGGUUUUGAAGACCCUAAUGCACUGAAAACACCAAUCGUGCGUUACUGUGCAGUAUCCAGUAUUGAGCACAGUCAUAGAUGUCCAGUCACAGAUAUUCUUUGGCUGCCUGACCACAUGCAGGUGACUAAGAUGGGUGUCCCUCAAGAAAACUCCUCCUUGGUGAGCACCCAGCUGAUCAGCUGUGCUACAGACAACAUUCUUUUAUUUUGGGAUGCUAAACCAUCAAAACUGCAUCAAUUACAAGAUGAAGGCACCAAGCAACCAAUGGGAGUCCCUGACACAUUCAGAUAUCUGGAUCUGACUUGGAAGCCUCUUCUUAAAGUGGCGCUGUCUAAAUCUGAACCAGGGGGAGAUCAUGCUCCAACCAAAUUUUCAAUUCAAGAGAGACAAGGAGACAGGUCAACUUUGGGUACAGGAACAGAAUUUAAGGAAGUUGACCUGACCAAAUCAAUGCAGGGAGGUUUCAGCAAGCCCAGUUCUGGUAAAGAGAGAACUCUCCAGGGAGUAAAGACACAUAUAUUUGUUGGAACAGAGGAUGGUGAAGUGGUUUAUGUUGACUGGAUGCCACAGAAGGAUCAAGAUUCUGGAAAAAUCCAAACACCAAAACCUGCCUUCUACCAUUCUGUACAUGAUGGGCCAGUGGUUUCAAUGGAGAGAUCUCCUUUCUACAAAGACAUUCUUCUCAGUGUGGGUGGAUGGACACUAGCUGUUUGGAAGGAGGGAGUUACUACUGGUCCAAUUUUACAUCCAUCUGCGUGUCCAGUUCGGUUGUCUUGUGGCAUCUGGUCACCUACUCGUCCCGGAGUAUUUUUUAUCUCUAAAGUUGACGGCUUCAUCGAUGUCUGGGACAUUUUAGACAAGACCCAUGAGCCAACCCUGACACAGAGUGUUUCUCCAACAUCCAUUACGGUCAUCUAUCCAUACCAGGUUACUUUAAAACAGCAACUGAUUGCUGUUGGUGAUACCUCAGGAACUCUUCAUAUUUUGGAGAUUCCAUGGAGCUUGAGGCACCCAACACCCAAUGAGGUGAACAGUGUAGGUAACUACCUUGAGAGGGAAGUAAAGAGGAGGGCCUUUGUUGAGGAGAGGUGGAACUUUAGAGAAAGAGAGAAGAGAGAUGCUGAAGCUGAGUUCAAGAGAAAAGCUGGAGGGCUUGCAGCAGCAAUGGCCCCUCUAACAGAGGAAGAGUUGGAGCUGAAGCUCAAGCAAGAAUACGAGCAAUACCUUGUAGAAGAGGCAUCCUUUUUAAGACAACUUGGCAUUCUACAGGACGAUGACCCUACUGGUUGAAGAUGACUUGGGACAUUUUAAAAAAAACUGUUUUUAGUAUAGUAUUAUCAAUUUAUUUAAUAAUUACUUCAUUUCUAAAUGCAAGCAAAAGUGCAGCUUUAUAAUGUUGACUUUGACACCUAAUAAUAUGGUUGUUUUAAAAAGUAUGUUGAAUGUAUGUGAUAAGUAAAUAAACAUUUAAAAAUUUAACUCUAGUUGAACCAGGACAUGUUUAUUAUUACAGAUUUGUUCAUGUUAAGGACACACUUAACUUUACUUUCAUAAAAAAACAUGCAACUCAUCAUUCACAAUUUUUCAUUUUUCACUGUAUUUACGAUUAAGUUUAUCAUAUUUAUUAUAAAAGUAUCAAAACAAUAUUGUGAUUACAUUUUAAGUUAUUUAGCAAUUCAUAAUUGUGAUUGGAAUGUAAAUAAUAUAUUUUAUUAUUUAUCUCUCAUUGUUUUUAUUGGCUUGAAGAAUUAAAAU